UCAGAUCAGACCAAACCCAUGAUGCUUUCUUCUUCUUCUUCCUCUGGUUCUAAUGGUCAAUGGAAAUACAAUGUGUUCUUGAGCUUCAGAGGGGAAGACACCCGCGGCGGCUUCACCGACCAUCUCUACAAAGCCUUAACACAGAAAGGAAUCUCCACCUUCAGAGACGAAGACGAGAUCGAAGAAGGCACAGACAUUUCUUCCGAUCUCUCCGCCGCCAUUGAAGCGUCCAGAAUCGCGCUCGUUGUGGUUUCAGAAAACUACGGUUCGUCAAGGUGGUGCCUUGAGGAGCUGGAUAAGAUCUUUGAGUGCCACCAAAGGCUUGGGAUGCUGGUGUUGCCAAUCUUUUAUAAAGUGGAUCCUUCUCAUGUUCGGAACCAGACAGGAGCAUUUGCAGAGGCUUUUGCUAAACAUGAACUCAGAUUUGGAGAACAUAACCCCAACAUCCAGAAAUGGAGGCACCUUCUUACAAAGCUCGCCAACCUCAAGGCUUGGCUUUCCCAACCUUGGACACAUGAAUCAAAAGUUAUAGAAGAAAUUACAACGAUCCUAUGGAAGAGAAUCAAACCAACCUUGAAAGUCACUCAAGAACACCAACUAGUUGGAAUCAAUCCUAAACUAACCAAACUUUCUUCUCUUUUGAACCUUAACUCAGAUGAGGAUGUGAUCUGGGUAGGAAUUCAUGGAAUGGGUGGCAUUGGAUGUGAUCUGGGUAGGAAUUCAUGGAAUGNUCAAAAUGUGAGGUUGAAAAAUGAGUUGGAAUAUUGCAUUCCAAGUGAGUUAAGAUAUUUGAAGUGGAAAGGAUAUCCCUUGGAGAUUUUGCUAUUGAAUUCUGAAGAAUGUAAGCUUAUUAAGCUUCACAUGUGCCACAGCAAUUUGAAGCAAUUUUGGCAUGGAGAAAAGCAUUUGGAGAAGCUGAAGUAUAUCAAACUCAAUCAUUCUCAGAAGUUAUCCAAAACUCCAAACUUCGAAACUAUUCCACAUCUCACAAGAUUGGAGCUUGAAGGUUGCACAAAUUUGGUCAACAUUCAUCCAACAAUUUUCACUGCAAAAGAACUCACUUUUUUGAGUUUUAAAGAUUGCAUCAAUCUCACCAAUUUUCCAACAAAAAUUAACAUCGAGGCUCUUCAAGUUUUGAUUCUCUCUGGGUGUUCAAAGCUGAAGAAGAUUCCAGAAUUUUCAGGCAACACAAAUAUAUUAUUGCAACUCUAUUUGGAUGGCACCUCCAUAUCAACCCUACCUUCAUCAAUAGCAAGCUUGGAUCACCUAACAGUGUUGAGUUUAACUAAUUGCAAAAACUUUAUCAACAUUUCAAACAUCUUGGAUAAGAUGACAUCUCUCAAAAUCUUAAAUCUUUCGGGUUGUUCGAAGCUCGGAAAUAGAAAACGAAAGUGGGACGACGUCGAAACGGCGGAGAUCGACGUGAGACGAACUGCACGAAGAACGGACUACGGAGACAAUAUCUUUAGAAAGAUUUUGCUUUGGUUUUGCAAAGCUCCAACGAGUGGCAUCUUUGGGAUCUCAUCAAUGGCUUGUUUGAAUUUUCUUAAUUUGAGUGAUUGCAGGCUUGAAGAAGUCCCAGAAGGGAUUGAGUGUUUGAUGUCAUUGGUAGAACUCAAUUUGUCUGGUAAUAACUUCUCUCGUCUUCCAACAACCAUUUCUCGGCUCCAUAAGUUGAGAAGAUUGAACAUAAACCAAUGUGAAAACCUUCUUCAUUUCCCAGAGCUACCCCCAAGGAUCUCAUGCGUGAGGUCAAAGAGCUGCAUUUCAUUGAAAGAUUUUCUAGACAUUUCAAAAGUUGACCAUUCAUAUUUCAUGGGAGAAGUGAAUCUUAUGAAUUGCUACCAAUGGGUUGACAACAAAGAGCUCCAUAAAUUGAUCAUUUCUUGGAUUCAAAAGAUGCUCUUUCGAAUCGGAGCCUUUAACAUCAUGGUUCCGGGUUGCGAGAUUCCAGAUUGGUUCACGACGACAAAAAUGGGAUCUUCGAUAUGCGUUGAGUGGGAUCAUGACGGGCCAAAUGCCAACUUGGUUCGCUUUGUGCUCUGCGUUGUUUGUGGACCGAGCAAUAAAGAUGACACCGUUAAUGUUCCCAUCACUAUUUAUGUAUCCAUGAAUGGAAAAGACGGUAACGACCCAAAUUUGAACAAUGAAGAUUUUAUCAUUGGUGCAUUCUCUUUUUCAGAGAUGAAGAAGUUAGACCACAUUUGGAUAUUCGUUUUGCCUCAAACCCUGAUUCUGAAAAGAAAGAUUUGCAACCGUAAAGAGAUUGAGUUUCGAUUCUGGCUCAAAUUUAAUUACAAUGAAACGGUUAUCCCAAAUGUCGAACUAAAAAAGUGUGGAGUUGGUUUGAUAAAUAUGGAAGGAGAGAGUGAAGCCAUGAAACGGUAUGCUUCGUAUAUUAUGGUAAAUAAGCGGAUGAAUUCACUAUUGAAGUAUUUAUAG